CGGGAGCGGGGCCGGACAUGGACUCAGUGGUCUUUGAGGAAGUGGCUGUGAACUUUACCCCAGAAGAGUGGGCUUUGCUGGAUUCUGCUCAGAGGAACCUCUACCGAGAUGUGAUGCUGGAAAUCUGCAGGAACCUGGCCUCAUUAGAUUGUUGUAUUCAAGUUAAAACCAGUGGAUCAAGUUCUCAGCGGGAUAUUUUUGGGAAUGAAAUAUCCAAUGAAGAGAAAAUAGUAAAAUUCACAAGAAAUGAUUCCUGGUCUGUUUUUGGAGAAAACUGGGCAUUUCAUAACAUUGGAGAUCAGCACCGAACCCCAAAGAAGCAUUUGAGAUGUGCUUUGGUGGAGAGCCUCCGAGAAAGUAAUGAAGGUCAUCAAUGUGGAGAAGCCCUGAGCCAGACUGCAAGUCUCACUGUGCAAAAUAGUUAUCCUGCUGGAGUGAAACCCUGUGAAUGCACUAGGUGUGGCAAAGCCUUCAAGAGUCAGCAAAGUUCUCACGCUGGAUACACAGCGUAUCAGUGUGAGGAAUGUGGGCAAGCCUGCAGCUGUGUCUCAUGCCUAAGCCCUGCUGUGGAAACUCACAUUGUAGACAAACCCUAUCAACAUCAGGGCUCUGGGAGAGCAUCUAAGAGAAAUGUGAAAAGUCUCAGCAGUAAAAAGUCUUUUGAAUGUAAGAAAUGUGGAAAAGUUUUCACUUGCCCCUCAUCCUUUAGGGGACACAUGAGAGGUCACAAUGGACAGAAAAUUCAUGCAUGUAAUGUAUGUGGGAAAGCCUUUAUGUAUUACUCCUACCUUAAGCGACAUGUGAGAACUCACACUGGAGAGAAACCCUAUGAGUGUAAGGAAUGUGGGAAAGCUUUUAGUUGUCCCUCCUACUUUCGAGAACAUGUGAGAACACACACAGGAGAGAAACCGUAUGAGUGUAAGCACUGUGGGAAAGCCUUCACCUGUUACUCAUCCUUUAGAGAUCAUGUGCGAACCCACACCGGAGAGAAACCAUAUGAGUGUAAGCACUGUGGGAAAGCCUUCACCUGUUACUCAUCUCUUCGAGAACAUGGGAGAUCACACAGUGGUGAGAAACCCUAUGAAUGUAAGCAGUGUGGCAAGGCCUUCAGGUAUCCCUCAUCUUUGCGAACACACCUGAGGAUGCACACUGGAGAAAAACCUUAUGUGUGUGAGGAAUGCGGUAAAGCCUUUGGUUGUCCCACUUACUUUAGAACACAUGUGAAAACACAUAGUGGAGUGAAACCCUACGAAUGUAAGGAGUGUGGGAAAGCCUACAGUUUCUCCUCAUCCCUUCGAAUACAUGUGAGAACACACACUGGAGAGAGACCUUUUCAAUGCAAGCAUUGUGGGAAAGCCUUCAGUUGUAACUCAUCCCUUCGAGAACAUAUGAGAACACACAGUGGAGAAAAACCUUAUGAAUGUAGGCAGUGUGGGAAAACAUUCAGUCACCCUCAGUAUUUUCAAAAACAUGUGAGAUCACACAGUGGAGGAAAACCCUAUGAAUGUAUUGAAUGUGGGAAAGCCUACAGUUGUUCCUCAUCCCUCCGAGUGCAUGUCAGAACGCACACUGGAGAGAGACCAUAUCAAUGCAGUUAGUGUGGGAAAGCCUUCAGGUAUCUUGCAUCCCUUCAAGUACACGUGCAAAUGCACAGAGAAAAGGAACCCUAUGAAGGUAAGCAGUGUGGGAAAGCCUACAGGCACUCUGCAGGAGAAAUCUUUUAAUUGUUACAAAUAUGGUAUUACCUUUGUAAGUGCUAAUUUUUAAUAGGAAUCCCUAGUGUAUUAAUUUCUAUGUUAUGUUUCUGAUCCAAACACUUAAGAUAAUAAAUAUCUACAUAUUCUUUCAGCUGUACUGCAUAUAUGUUGUUCUAUAGGACUUUAAAGAAUUGUGUAGUUACAUAAAACUUGUCUCAUUUCCAUUGCAAUGUCUUUUGGACCCACAGAUAAUAAAGGUUUUUUUGUGUGUUUCUAA